AUGAGCCCCGGCGCCGGUACUACUGCCAAGAAGCGUCUCGGCAUCGGCGCCGUCGCCGCCGGCGGGUUCGCGCUCGGGUGCGGCUGCAGGGACGCCAAGGCCGUGGCGGUGGCGGUGGCGGUGGCGGCGCCCGCGUCGCCCUACUCCGCCGCCACGGAGACGACGACGACGUCCACGGCGACGACCGCAACGUGGCGCGGGGCGAGGACGACGACGACGACGCACCCGUCGUCGACGGCGUCCGGGUCUACGGGCACGCUCACCGUGCCCUCCGCGUCGUCGUCGUCCUUCCCGUGGGAGGACGCGGACGCCGAGGGUGACGGCGAGGAGGUGAACUGCAAGAGGGAGAUCUCGGCGGCCAUGGUGAGCUUCUCCGGCCUGCUGCGCCAGCUCAACGAGCUCGAGCAGAGCGUCGUGUCGUGGGGGCGGAAGAGCACCAGCAAAGAUUACUUGUCGCCACCUCCGCCGCCGUUACCAGCGCGGCCAGUGAAGCAACGAGCUGUGCACAGCGGUGGCGGCGACAGCAAAGAAGGUCACGGCAACUUCUCUCCGCCGCCGCCGCCGCCGACGACUUCUUUCCAGUUUCAGAUUACGCAGCAGCAGCACCGGAAGACAAAGAGCAUGGACAAAGCAGACAGACAAGUUGAAGUGGUCCACUCCAAACACCCACCACCGCCGCCUCCACCUCCACCAUUGCCAUUGCCGAAGGCGGAGCAGCUUAAGGUGAAGAGCGCGGACGACAAAGGCGGCAAGAAGAAAGAAGACGCCAACAUGUUCCCGACACCGCAGGCCCCGAACCACCGGAAAGCCAAGAACUGCGACGCUGGCACCGGCCCCGCGAGGCUCGACGGGAGCGUGGGCGUGGCGGUGGUGAAGCAGUCCGACGACCCGCUGAGCGACUUCCGGCGCUCCAUGGUGAACAUGAUCGUGGAGAACCGGAUCGUGACGGGCGACGAGCUCCGCGAGCUGCUCCGCCACUUCCUGGCGCUGAACGCGCCGCACCACCACAACGCCAUCCUCCGGGCCUUCACCGAGAUCUGGGACGAGGCGUUCUCCGCCAAGACGACGGCCCACGGCCGCCGCGAUCCCGCCGCCGCCAGGUCGACGACGACGACGGCGACGGCGACUCCGCCGCGGCCGCGGCCCAGGGCACCGACGCCACCGCGCCGCCGGCACGCCCCGCCUCCGCGGGCGUGGCGCUAA